AUGGCAUCUCCUGUGAACCCCAAGAACGGCCCCGGCUUCCUUAGCGUUUUCAAGCAAGUAAUAAAAGUCAAAGAAGCAUUUUUACGUAAAAAAGUACUGCGAGCAAAACGGGAAAAUAUAGCCAGAGCAAUGUCCGGGCCUUUGGACCUUUCCAUGGACUCCAUGGAGGAAACCAGAUUCAAAAAACGCAAUCAAUAUUUAGUGCAACGAUUAGAGAAAAGGACGCACUUUUCCUAUAGGGAAUUGGAAUGUUUGUUGUUGAUUUAUUACAAACUAUGGAAAGACGGUUUGAUGAGCAAUCCGAAACAGGAAGGAGUGACUAAACUUCAAUUCCGGGAUGUUUUGCACUGCACCCUGGAUAUGACCGAUGACACCCUUAUGGAUCGAAUGUUUUUGGCUUUAGAUAAAGGGCCUAAUCCUUGCAUUACAAUGGAAACGUGGGCAUCUGCGCUUUCUUUAUUCUUGAGAGGCACCCUUGAUGAAAAAAUGAAAUUUUGUUUUACGGUUUACGAUAUAAUGGGAGAUGGAAUGUUGGCGAGAGAUGCUAUUUUUCAUUUGCUCAAAACUUCUUUAAUCAGUCAAAGUGGUGAAGAGGAUGCCCAAGAAUCCGCCAGAGAUAUGAUCGAGGUAAUAACGAAAAAAAUGGAUCUGGAUCGUGACGGAAAAAUAUCAUAUUCAGACUAUCGGCAGUCGGUGCUGAAAAAUCCAAUGCUUUUAGAAGUGUUUGGUUGCUGUUUGCCAUCUAGAGAAGCGGCAUUUGCUUUUCUGAGCACUUUCGCUACCAUGCCAGUAAGUAUGUGA